AUGUAAGGUGGCACAGAUAUUUAGUUUUCUUAGAAUACUAAAGCAUCUGCGUAAAAUGGUAUUUUUAUCUUUAAUGACUUGAGUGUCCAAAAGGCUCAUAUUCUUUCAAUCCUAAGAAUUCAUUUUGCCAGAAAUGCUUUAGCAAUCAUGUCAGAUGCUAGGGCAAGAAUUAGACACUCCUUGAAUAGGGUUAUUGGAGAGAAGAAACGACAAGUACAGUUAUUUACAAAUGUCCUAACAGAGAAAGCUGCCUGUAUAUAUUAUUUUUCACAUGAAUUUAUAGAGGUGGUGUUUAUUCUUAAUGUGCUCUUGGAUAUGAAGGAAAGCUUUGCUAAAGUUGCGCGAAAAGUAGUAAUGGUAAAAUAUAUGGUCGAUCAAGCUCGUCUAAUUGUGUUCCUUGUGAAAAUCUUGAAAUUUAAAUUCUUAAACUUCUCGGCAUAUUAUUUUUGCUUGGACUCUAUGUUGCUUAUUUACUAAAGUACAAUCCCUUAUAUAAACUUUUACAAUAGCUCAAUACUUUUUGUGAAUCAUCGAAAUAAGCCUUAAACAGUACUACUUAGAAUAAUAACAAACUACUAUCAUGCAACAAUGAUAGUUAAAUCAUUUGAAAUGAAUUGGCCAAAUUUAGUGGAAGACACCCUGCACUACUUAUCUAUCAUUGGAAGUACUUCUGAGUCUAUUUUCUCACUUGAUUGCAUUUAUAAGCAGUCUACUAAUUUAUCAAUACCAACAGUGUAUGUGAAAAUUAUAAUGUAUGGGCUACUUCCUUUCAUAUUAAGCUUAAUUGGAGCAUUAGUUUGGAUGAUGAUUCACCUUUACAGAUAGCUUAGAUCUAAACCUAAGAUUGAUAUCACUUAAAGUAUCCUAGUUACAAGCUUUAUCCUCUCAUACAUUAGCUAUCCGAUUAUAACAAAUUAGACAUUCUCACUAUUCAGCUGCUAAAAAUUUUAAGAUGGUAAAGAAUAUCUGAAGGCAGACUAUGAGAUAGAAUGCUGGGUGGGCACUCACUAAAAGAUGGUCCAAUACAUUGGGAUACCUUAUACUUUAAUUUGGGUGUUUGGAUUUCCCAUAUAUUUUUUCAUAACCUUAUCUACCAAGAAAAAGAGAUUUCACGAGAUUGAUAUUAUUCAUAAGUAUGGUUUAUUUUUUGCUGGAUUAAAUGAUGGUGUUUUCUACUGGGAAAUACUUCUUGUUAACAUUCGAAAGUUUAUUUUUAUACUUUGCAGCACAUUAUUAUCAUCUAUGAGCAUAGUGAUAAAAGUAACACUUAUCUAAAUUCUUAAUAUACUUAAUUUAGGGACUCUUGGGUGUCUUAGUACUUUUCAUUUAAAUUCAAUUGAUUUAUUGGUUAAAACCUUACACUGA